UCGCCCGGCACGUGAUCGGAAUUGUCCCCUCCCCCUUCUCGCUUUUCAGUAGUCUACAUGCGACUGUCCUAGGUAGUAGCUUGGACUCGCUUUGUUGUGUUUGCUGUUUGGCCACGUGAUAGUCGCCUCUCGCCUCGUCCCGGAAGAAAGCCGAGGCGAGGCUUUGGGUGCUUCCUCACCUUCUGUUGUCUCGUCAGGGGGAGCACGUAGGGGUGGCUCUCGCGGAUGUGUCAGGUUGAAGCUCGGAGGCUUCGACGUCGGCCAUGGCUGCUGCUGUUCUGGAGCCCGCAAGCGAGGACUGGGAGCAGCCUCUUUUGAACGGAGGUGGAGAUGAAAGAUCUAAGGAUGUUAUGGAAACAUUGCAACAUUACAGGAGCCGGUGGAGAUCCAUUCGAAUAAUGUAUCUUACAAUGUUCUUCAGCAGUGUUGGUUUCUCUAUUGUCAUUAUGUCAAUAUGGCCCUAUCUUCAACAGAUAGAUAAAACUGCGGAUCCAAGCUUUCUGGGCUGGAUUAUUGCUUCGUACAGCAUUGGUCAGAUGAUAGCUUCUCCAUUCUUUGGAACAUGGUCUAAUUAUAGGCCAAGAAGAGAACCCCUUGUGGUUUCAACUACUAUUUCAAUAGCUGCCAAUUUCCUCUAUGCUUAUGUCCAUUUGCCCCCUUCACACAACAAAUACUACAUGCUAGCUGCUCGAGCAUUGGUGGGAUUUGGUGCAGGAAAUGUAGCAGUAGUUCGCUCAUAUAUUGCUGGUGCCACCUCUCUUACUGAAAGAACUAAUGCCAUGGCAAACACUAGUGCUUGCCAGGCAGUGGGAUUCAUACUGGGACCAGUUUUUCAGGCUCUCUUUUCACUUAUUGGAGAAGAAGGAAUCUUGUGGAAACUGAUUUAUCUUCGAGUGAACAUGUACACAGCUCCAGUUUUAUUUGGAAGUGUUCUAGGAAUUAUUAAUAUCGUACUGAUAAUUGCUGUAUUUAGAGAGCAUCAUGUGGAUGACAUGGGACAACCACAAAAUAGUAUUAAUACUGAAACUGAAGAAAAUAAUGAUGUGGUUCAAGAUAAUCAGCAAUACAUUGACCAUGUGGCUGUUGUAUCAACAAACUUUCUUUUCUUUAUUAUCCUAUUUAUUUUUGCAGUUUUUGAAACCAUAGCUACACCAUUAACAAUGGAUAUGUAUGCAUGGACCAGAAAAAAAGCAGUGUUUAUCAAUGGCUUAAUUCUUGGUGCUGUUGGCGUCGAAUCAGUGGUUGUGUUUUUAGCAGUUAAAGAACUUUCUAAAAGAAUUGGUGAACGUGCAAUCCUCUAUGGAGGUCUAGUCAUUAUCUUGGUUGGAUUCUUUAUUCUGUUACCUUGGGGAAAUCAAUUUCCUAAUAUCCAAUGGGCAGACAUAAGGAAUAAUUCUACUCCAAGAAAGAUCAUUGGUGAAAGUUUUGCAUUUUUGUGGAUGUCACAGAUUGAAUUUUCAUCUAAUAAUAUAACUGAAGCAACAGGAUGUCCUAGUAUACAAUUGUGGUGCAGUUAUACUCCCGUAAUUCAUCUGGGCCAGUAUAUCACUUCCGACAUUCUAAUAGGAUUGGGUUAUCCAGCUUGUAAUGUGAUGUCAUAUACUCUAUAUUCAAAAAUUUUAGGGCCAAAACCUCAGGGCAUUUAUAUGGGAUGGCUAACUGCUUGUGGAAGUGGUGGACGUAUUCUGGGCCCGGUGUUUGUCAGUCAACUCUACAGUUCCUUAGGACCCCGCUGGGCAUUUGGUUUCAUCUGUGGAAUUGUUAUUCUUUCUCUCUUACUACUUGAAGUGGUGUACAAGAGACUUAUUGCAUUUUCAGUCAGAUAUGAGAUGCUACAAGAACAGAUUUCCUAGCUAUCUGUUCUGUCUUGUUUUGUUUUAAUCAUUAUUUGCUGUUUUCAGUAUUUUGCAUCUUUGAAAGAUGGUAUAUAGAAUUAUCAUUCAUCAGGACAGACAGUAUUUCUGCCACCAGAUUUAUAUCACUUUAAUACUGGAAAUGACAAACUGUGAUACAAUAGAUGUUAUUAUUUUGGAGUAUAGUUUUAAGAGAUGGCACUAGUUCUAAUUAUAUACACUAGAUAUAUUUAAAAUACAUUGAUUCUGUGAAUCAUGUCUUAAAUUAAGUUUUUUAAACUGAAUUUAAAAAGGGUAUUUAUUCUAACGAAGUUUUAUGAGCAUGAUUAUUUAUGCAUUUUUAUAAUUGGUUGGCUUUUUUAAAUUGAAUGUAUUUUAAGUAAAAUAUAGCAGAAACUAAUCCUGAUAUUUUGUUGCACAUAUUUUGGAAUUUAUAAUUUUAAAAAAUGGUUCAAAUAAGAUCAAGAUUCAAAGUAAAAAUAAAGAAUGUUGAUGCAGCACUUGUAAUAAAGAUAAGUACUGAAACUGAUAGAAGAUUUAAUAACUGGAGGCUACUGAGAUAGAUAUCUGAGGUUUCUACCAUUACACCAAGAAUCUUAAUCACUGCUUUCCUGAACGGUAAAACCCAAAGUUGCUUUUUCACAAGGCAACUAGACUUUCUUGUUUUUCUUUGAAGACAUUUAGCUUCUGAUCCAAGAAGCUUCUUCAGCUCAAAGAAAAACAAAGUCGUUGCCUCAUGAAAAAGCAGCUUUGGGAUAACUAUGGCCUGGAUGUCUGAGAAUCUCCAUAGACACAAAACGGUAAAACUUUAACCUAUUGUGAAAUGCACAUUAAAUUAGAAAAAAAAUGUUUAAAUGGUAAUUGCCCAGUACUGUAGUUACCUUCCCCACCCCCAAAUUGUGGAACAGUCUAACCAAGUUAAUUUUAGAUUUGGUUUUCUUAAAAAUUUGAACUUUUUCAUCCCAAAGUUAUCUUGUACAGUUCCAUGUCUCAUAAACAGGACUUCCAGAUUGCAAAUCAGAAGUUUGGUGAUGUCAGAUGUUGCUGAGACUCGGGAGAAAUAGAGGCAAUGCACCCCUGGUGAUGUCACAGAAGGCAGGGUUCUGGUUGCAUAGCACAGCCUUUCAUUUAUUUGUGGAUCACUUACAUGAAAUGUUUGCUAACAAGAUUUUGGAUAGAGAUAUAGAAAAUGGUGAAUUCGUAAGUUGUUUUGUGCUUGACAUAGCUGGUAUCAGUUGAUUGUUUUCCUAAAUGAAAUGAGUUUCAUUCUGAAAUAAAAUGAAAUACUAUAGGGCUGUCUGUUUCCAACUAAAUAGUAAAAUGUGGAUAUCUGGACUGAAAUGUUUGAUGGAAAGGUAAUGAGAAUCGGGAAAAGUCAAAGAUAGCAAUGGUAGAUCAGGAAAAUAAUAGGAAAGGAAGGAAAAUAUUUAAGAAUAUGUAUAUCUGAAAUUUAAAAAAAUCAUUUUCCAUUCCAUGCACACCUAUUUUUUUUGUUUCUGUUCAUCUCUAAGUCAAAGCAAAAUAAAAUAAAAUAAAAUACAUAAAAGUCUUUAUAUAGUCUUAUGUUCUAUAUAUAACAUACAUGCAUAUAUUCUCAUUUACACAUUUUUUUCACUGAACUGUAAUGAAAAUUGUCUACCAAUAACAAACAAUGUAAAAACCAGAACUGUACAAUAUUUCAGGUUUUGUCUCCAAUAUGUUUUGCAACAUUUUAGAGCAGCUGUUAUCCUGGAAAAAGGUGGGAUUACUUCAAAAUAUAGCAUAUAAUUACUAUUAUAGUGCUUUCUUCCACUCUGAAGCACCAUGGAGAUUGAAACUAAAGCACUGUAUAAACCUGGUAAAAAUUCCUUAAGAAACCACUUAAGUUUUUCCUGUUAUUCAUUUUCAAUUUGUGAAACAAUGUAUUUUACAAUGAUCUUCACAAAAAAGACAAUUGAGAGUACUUAGGAAGGUCCUCAUGCUUCGUUUUCACAUGAAGGUUAAACAUUUUUUAGAAAAAAUGGCAAUCUUGUCUGAUGUCAUGAAAUAUGCUGUGCUGCUUCCUCAAUACCAUAGGAUAUGCUUGUUUAUAAAUAUAUAAUUGUUUCUAUUAUAUGUGAUGUCUAUUUAUUGAUCAGUUAAAUAUAAUAUAGACCCAAACAAGUAAAUAGUGUCACAUAGCUGCUAGGUAAUAAAAUCAUAAGGGUCUGUGAUGAAAUUUGCCUAAUUUAUGGUUUCUUCUCUAACCUGCUUUCUCCUUAUUUUGAAACUUUUGCAAUUGAGACCCGGAUUAUUUUUUUCUCCAGAAUUCUUUCAGUGCUAUAAGAGGGGGUUUCUUUUGUUAGUGUUGUUUGCUUUUUUCAUAUUAGCUUUUACUUCCAAUGCAAAGAAAGACAAAUACUACCGUUGGCUCAAUAACCUUUUUUUUUACUAUAUUAAUUUUACUAUUUCUGUUUGAACUUUCAAUUUCCCUUUAAACUAACAUACAAACCUAGAGAUAGAUAGUUUCUAGAACAGAGGUCCCCAACCUUUUGGGCACCAGGGACUGGUUCUGUGGAGAAGGUUUUUCCACGGACCAGAGAGUGCGUGGUUUUGUGUGCUACCUAUAUACCACGGAUGGGUCUUUGCUUGUUUGUGCGGACCGGUUGCUGGCAUGCUGUGGCCUGGUAUCAGUCUGCGGACCAGGGGUGGGGAUCCCUGUUCUAGAACACUCCCAGGAAUGUUUCUGCCACAUUAGGUUUCUUUCCCAAAUUUAAUAUGACACUAGAA